AUGAAGGCUUCCCCCUCCCUGAUUUUUCCUUGUCCCCAUUGCAGUGUGACUUUCACUGACUUUAAAUACUUGGACAAACACCUCAAAUGGUGCCAUCGAAGUGAAUACCUGGCAUGGGUGAAAAACCACAAAGUCUACAACUGCUCUAAAAUAUCCUCCAGGAUGCUCAACUGCUCGUCGUGCCACUAUCGGUUCUUCUCUCCGAGGCAGCUGGAGACCCACAUGCGCAGGACCCACCUCCCUAUGCCCAAACCCAUCCGAAAGCGCUACACCUGCCCGCAGUGUGAUCGUAGCUUCGAUUACAUCGGUAACCUGCAAAACCACUGCCGAAGAUGCCAUGGCUUAGCCACGGUGUGUAAAGAUGGACAAAUUAGCUGUGCUAAAUGCGGUAAAAGCUUUGCUGGAGUCUGGGGUCUCGGACCACAUCGCUGCCAUGAGGACGAGAAGAAACCCAAGGUGGCUGUCGACGAACCCAUUUGCACGGACCGUGGCUAUUUGUGCCGAGAUUGUGGCAAGAACUGCUCUAUGCCUCAGUGUCUGACGAUACACAAAUGCACUCAUGCUGGUGAGAAGCCAUGCGUCUGCGAAGACUGCGGCCGUAGGUUUCAUGAUACGGGGAGUCUGCGGAAACACAAAGUCAUACAUACAGGGAACCGGCCAUACAAGUGCCCCGAAUGUGGUAAAGAGUUUGCAAGGAUGGCCCACCUCAGAUGUCAUCUGCGAACCCACACGGGGGAAAGGCCGUACCCUUGCCCCCAAUGCGGGAUGAGAUUCAGCCACCGAUCGACACUUCGAAUCCACCAACAAGUUCACUCUAAGGAAAAAGCAUUUUCAUGCCCAGACUGUGGCAAAAUGUUCUCCACUCUGAGAUACGUGAAGGUCCACCAAAGAGCGCACAACUCUGAGCGAAUGCUGCAGUGCAGAGAAUGUACGAAGACGUUUUCACGGGAGGACGUGCUCAAGAAACACCUACGCAUUCACAUGGGCGAACGGCCGUACCAGUGCAACGUCUGCAGCAAACGUUUUGUCCGCAUCUCGCACCUGAAAAACCACAUGCGCACGCACACCGGCGAGAAACCGUACCGUUGUGAGCAGUGCGGCUCCAGCUACGCCCAAUCCGGCGAUUUGACCAAACACAUGAGGAGACACACAGGGGAAAAACCCUUCGCCUGUUCUGACUGCGACCGCCGCUUCAACAACUCGGGCGACUUGAGCAAGCACAGGCGCAGUCACACGGGCCACAGACCCUACAAGUGUAUGGAGUGUGGGAUGAGUUUUCUCAUGCCCCAGCACCUGAAGUUACACAAACUAACACACACGGGCGAGAGGCCGUACAGCUGCCCGCGGUGUCUCCGCACCUUCACUCGCCCGCACCAUCUUUCUCAACACAUGGAAAAACACAUAUGAGGAUAGAUGGAUAGCUGCACUACUUCUGUCUAAUCUCAGUUUAAUUUAGGAAAAUGAAUUGGGAGUUCAUUGAUGAAUUGGAAAUCAGUUUAAUUUUUAAAAGUAACCGAAUCCAGAUGCAUAGUCUUCCUUUCUGGACUGUCCUUAAAGGUUUAACAUUAUAGUUAUUUUGCAUGCUCAACUCCAUUGGAGAUAUCGAAUAGAAUUAAUGCCUUACACUUAUUGUUGUUAAUAUGGGCAAUAAAUUUGGCAAAAAAGCACCAGACAAACUGUGCUUUAAAGUGUCUAUUUAAGGCA